UAUUCCGAUGAUCACAUACUGGUGACCAUGGAGUCAGGUGACCGUGACCGUUACGCGUCUUCACCACUUUCCGUCGUGUCGACACCAACCCACUUGACGCGAAACUUGGAUCAAUGAGCUCGAAGAAAGAGACUGUAGAGCAACUUGCUGCUACACUCUCUGACUUUACCGACUUUCCGGAUGUCGCUACUGCUCCAGGUCUCAGAACACUUGACAACGCCUUGCGCUGCCCCAUCUGCUGCGAACUGUUCUCCGGACCUGUGACUCUUCGCUGUGGGCACUGUUUUUGCUCAUUGUGCAUCAGAGGUUCCCUGGCGCAGAAGCAAGAGUGCCCGUCUUGCCGUAAAGGGGAGGAGAAUGAGGGGCAUUUGAGGGUGAAUCCGGUUGUUGAGGAAGCUGUGGAAGCGUGGAAUAAGGCGCGACCUUUCAUUCUCCAGUUGCUGCAGCGAGGGCGGCCGUCGGUCAGCAGCAACUCUAGCGAGAGCGGUCCGUCUAAAAAGCGUAAGAGGAGCAGCCCUGACUCGGAUAUCGAAUUCGUUGCAGGGCCCGCUAGUCAUAAAAUAGAGGCAUCUCCAGCCGAAACAUCUUGUCCGGUGUGCGGGAAAGCGGUGAAAUAUGAAAUUAUAAAUCAGCAUUUGGACAGCGGCUGUAAGACGUUCGAACUCAACAACUCGUCGAAGAAAGCAUGGUCAAAAAUAAUGGCUCCAAGAAUCCAACCUGGGAAAAGCAAGCAAAGUCAGGCCAAAGGGAAAGAGAGAUCAUCGAGUAUUGAGGACGAAGCUCUUCCAAAAGUCUCUUACGACACCUUAAAAGAUAGACAGAUCAAAAAUCUACUUAACGAUCAAGGUCUUUCGACUUCUGGCGAUCGAGCACUUUGUAUUACUCGACACCAAAAAUGGGUGAUGCUCUGGAACUCCAACCUCGAUAAGGCUCCAAAACAUAGGAAGUCGCCGUCGCAAUUGAAAUCCGACCUUACUCAAUUGCUUGAACAACACCAAUCGAAAUCAAAGCUGGUAGUAGAAGAUACUCUUGGCCAUCAGAAGAAAUACGAGAGCGAAUUCAAGCGACUAACAGAGGUGGCUAGACCGAAGAAAACCGCGUCUUCACAGUUCUCUGAUUCGCUGGAGGCAACGUACUCACAGCCUAAGUCCACGGAUCCAACAAAUCCUUCAAGUCCAACGAAGUCACCAUCUCAGUCGCCUCUUCACGUUAGUGAUGACGACGAGAUAGAGGUGCUUUAACGGGACAAAGACAAGUACCUCUCAAAUUGUGUCAUUGUAUCAUCCCCGCCAUUUGAUACCCAUUUUGUAGAACGUUUUUUCGUAUGUACGGAGGAGAUUUAUGUUUGUAUAGACCAUGUUUGCAACUCGCCAAAACACACGUCAAAGCAAAUGCUUCGCGGCUUCUUUUGAUGUCGUUAGUCUAUGAAGAUAACGCGGUGGUAACAGACAGGUAAUUCUGGCUAC